GUUUCAUCCAUCAAUCGCGUCUUGCGGAACUUAGUGUGUGAGAAACAGAAGGUCAUGGGUCAAGGAUUUAUGUACGACAAGCUUGGACUCCUAAAUGGGCAAUCUUGGGCCCGUCCUAACGGCUGGUACUCGCCUGCUGUGGGUGGACUUGGAGGAUUAGCUCAUCCUUCAGGAUACUCUCCUAGUCAUGCUGUCCCAAGUCAUGUGAUCAUGGACAAGAAAAAUGAAAUCAUAACCGGAAUGGGGUCAACCGGAAGCCAUACAGAAAGCCGCUGUGAAGAAACCAAUGAGCAGAUGCGCUUGCGUCUCAAGCGAAAAUUACAAAGAAACCGGACAUCAUUUACAGCUACACAAAUCCAUUCACUAGAAAAAGAGUUUGAAAGAACCCAUUACCCUGACGUGUUUGCACGUGAGCGGCUUGCCAACAAGAUCGAUCUGCCGGAGGCCAGGAUCCAAGUAAGAGCCAAGUGGAGAAGGGAAGAGAAGCUAGGAAGCCACGCCAGUGAGGACAUCAGCGGAAUGCCCAGGUUAACCUAUAACCCUGGCUUUUCCAGUGCAAUGUAUUCUGGAGUCCCUUCUAUACAUCAGCCUAUUCCACCUUUACAUCAAGCCAUCCCGUCAAUGCCAGAAGCAUACAGCCCCAUGCCUCCAAUGUCCAGUUACUCCUUGUCCGGCAACAUAGGCAACAGCAACACGCCCUGCCUGCAGUCAUCUGGAUCCUCAUCGUCCCCCUACUCGUGCAUGUUACCAGAGUAUAACCCUCGUGGAUACGAUCAUUCGCUGUCUCUGGGAAACUAUUCCAUUCCUCCAUGCAGUAUGCACCAGGGUUCAUUGAUGCAGCCCACUCACAGUACAGUCUCCUCUGGUCUGAUCCCUGCUGGAUUGCCAGUGCAUCUACAAGUCCCAGCAAGUCACCAGGACAUGAACCAACAUCACAUGAGCACUGUGACCUCUCAAUACUGGCCUCGUUUCCAGUGA